AUGGCAAUAGACCAAGAUGUCGAAGAACUGUUAAUCAUGAUAGACUCAGAUUUGAUUAUCCGACAAGCUCAAGGAGAAUGGGAAACCCAAGACGUCAAGAUUAUUCCUUAUAGGCAACAUGUGGAAGAACUUGGCAAGCGAUUCAAGUUAGUAGAGUUCAGGUACAUUCCUCAUUUUCACAAUGGACUAGCUGAUGCGCUUGACACUUUAGCCUCAAUGCUACCAUACCCACGUAAUGCCCACAUUGACCCUUUGGAAAUCCAGAUCCGAGAAAGGCAUGGUUAUUGUAAUACGGUUAAAAUAGCACCAAAUACCCAACCAUGGUACCAUGACAUCAAAAGAAAGAUAUUGCCAAAAGGGGCAUUGUAUCAGGGCGAUAUUGAAGGGAAUGAUCCCGAAGCAGCUGUAAAUACAGAUGCAGUCAAAAG